AUGGAAAAGUUCAAACUCCCAGAGGUUUGGGGUGAUGAUGAUGAAAUAUAUAGCCUUUUUGUUCCAAUAAAAAGGCCUCGCCAUCUUGAUCCUGUUUUAUACGAUCAUAAGGUUUCUUUUUGGAGGGAUCUUAUUGUUAGCUACGCAAAGCAUAAUCGGAUUGCUGUUGUGACGGAGGCCUCCUUAACAAAGCUCUUUAAACGGGAAUUUCGCUCCGACGGAGUUACUUACUAUCCACUGUGUCUGCAUCAAGUCCUUAAUGAUAUGAUGAACAAUGGACUACUGAAUGUUGUGAAACAAGAUGGCAUGUUUAGCAGCAUUAUGAGUUGGGGUUUGGAGUGGGUCAUUAGGAAACCCGCUUCUUGGGUAUGGGCGUUUAUACAAGGGGCUGAUUCACUCAAUGAUGAUCUUAAUCAGAGGAGCUAUGAGUCGCCAGAUACUCCCCUGUAUCUCACUGAACAUGUUGCACCUUUGUGCAAGCAGUUUAUUGAAAACCUCAAAUCAUCGCAGGAAUCUCUUAUUCAUGGCGCGCAUGUGUAUAUGUAUGACGAUUUUGACGACGCUCUUGUGUCGUUUUUCGAACAUACACCCACUCGUCUCUUUAUCAGCAACCAGCUUUCUGAGAGGGGAUUUAUAAAAGUCGAGUCCUCGACUCCCGUUGAGUUGGUGUUUUUGCUCACCGAGAAGCAGCCUAUAAAUCUCGACUCAAAAACCCUAGCAUCUAUCGCACACCUGCGGAAAACCAUGCGACAAAUUAGUCAGGAUGAGAACCGUCUCUCCAGUGAAAUAGCAGCCCGUCGUGCGCGAGUCAGGGAGCUGGCACGAAAUAAUCAAAAGCAGGUUGCGUUGGAUAUGUUGCGUCGUUGCAAGCAAUUAGAAGCCGAUUUGGCACGAAAAACUCAGCAUCUGACCCAACUAGAGGCGCUCGAGUUGAAAAUCAGUGCUGCAAAGGAUAACCGAACUGUUCUCCAUGCCAUUUCAGACGCCAGUUUGGCUUUGAAACAGACUACAGGUGGUUUAGAAGGUUUAGAAGAUGCCGAAAAGACUAUGGACGAGAUAGUAGAGGCGAUGGAUGAUGUGAAUUCCAUUUCCAACGCUAUAUUGACCUCCCCUGAUAGCUUUUUGGGAGCGAUCAAAGAUGAGAAAGAGUUGACUGUUGAGUUGGAGGAUCUGUUGUCUGAGAAGACAUUACCGAAGAAGGUGGAACAGGACGCGUCAGAACGGAGACUUCCUUCAUUACCGAAAGACGAAGUUGGGGAGUCCGACGAGGAGGAGAAAUUAUUGCACGGUCUUGGCUCUCUGGACCUCAAAGAUGCAUCAGCGAGUCGGGCCCGUUCGAAUCCUGAUGCUCAUGCGGCACAACGAGAGCGGGUAUCCGCGGGUUCGAACGGCUGUGACACGCAAGCACGCGCCAUCGAUGGUGCCAGUCAUCGUCACAAACGGUACGUGGAUUGGCCACCGACGUGA